AGAGGAGAAAGAGGCAUCGCCGGGUGCUUAUUUUAGUUUUUUGUUUUGUAUUUGUCUUCUGUGCGUGUGUGUGUGUCUCUCUCUCUUCCAUCCCCGUUUGCUGAUUGCUGGUGGAGCGCCUUUUGCCACCCGUGCAGCGACCGAUCUGGUAAUCGUGGGAGAAGAAGAAAAAAAAAAUAAGAAGAGUAGCUGAGAAGUACCGCGAAACCGACCGUGGAGAGAGCGGAGAACUGCGUGACCUUUUUUUCCCCUUGUGUUUCUCGUAGUUUUCUACUGCUCCCAAGUGCGCACUUCCUAGUAAACGACGCAUAUAUAUAUAUAUAUAUAUAUAUAUAUAUUUACAUUUUUAAGAAUAUAUUUUCCUUGAACUAAUCAAAAGAACGUCAUGCCUCCUCGCACGCAUCGCGGUGGAGUGCAAGGGCCACAACCGCCGCCGCCACCGCAGCAGCAACAGCAGCUUCCCCCGCCACCUCAGCAGCAGCAGCAGGGCGGGUACGGCAACGCAGCGGGUCCGCCAGCGCACCUGCACAUGUUCCACCAACACACCCACGGCGGCUACAUGGAUAGCGGACGUGGCCCCAUCAUGGGUCCGCCGCAGCACGGCGGCGGUGGCAACAACGGGUCCAACAUGAGCAACAACGGCAUGAUGUACGGUGGUGGCGGCGGCGGAGGCGGAGGGGGGAGCGGCAAUACACCGACAUCGCCGAUGUACGGUGGGGGCGGUCCUGGGUAUGGCAACAGUGGCGCGCCGGCGCACAUGAUGCCGCCGCCUUCCCCACACCCGCAGCAGCAGCAGCAGAUGGGCGGGAUGGGCUACAACCCAAACAUGCGUGGCUCGGCCCCGCCGCCGCCGCCGCACAUGGAGCCGUCACCGAGCUUCAUGGGCGGACCGCCGCAGCCUCUGCAGGGGAUGAUGCGCGACAAUAGUUACGGCCUCGACAUGGACAAUAGCCCGCCCCCGCCCAACAGCGGCUACCGUGGUGGGUCGCAACACAACAUGCAGAUGCAGUCUCCGCCGGUGCAGCAGCAGCAGCAGCAGCACUACCAAGGCAACAGCAGCUACGGCAGUGGGAAUCGUGGUGCGGGAAUGCAGGGCCAAAAUAUGCAGAUGCCCCUGCCGCCUCAGCAGCAGCAGCAGCAAAUGAUGGGUGUUGGGGGUCCGAAUAGCGCCAACCGUGGGAUGGGUGGUGGUGGCGGUCCGAUGGGGGGCGGCAAGCAGUUGCAGCAGCAACAGCAGGGACCUCCGCAGCAGGGUAUGCUGCCGCCACCGCAGGGGGGCGGCAACAACAACUGGGGCCCACCGCAGUCGCUGGCCCCCCCGCACAUGCAAGCGAACGUCUCACCGAAGCCGCAGGGCCCGCCUCCGAUGGGAGGAGGAGGGGGCAUGCAGUACGGCGGUGGCGGCGGUGGCGGUGGCACUCCGGGCCCGAUGAUGGGCCGCGGUCGUGGUGGAAAUCGGAUGGGCCCUGGCGGCAUGGGUCCGGGUCCGAUGGGCAACAUGGGUGCCCCUCCGCCGCCGCCGAUGCAGCAGCGCCAGCCGCCGCAGCCGCAGGGGAUGAUGGGCGGCGGCGGUCCGCCAUCGAUGCCGAACAACGGGAUGAACCCGAAUAUGAUGAUGCUGCCGCCCUCGCCGGGGGUUCCGAUGAUGGGGCCGGGUGGCGAGAGCCCCGGCAUGUACCCGCCGAACCCGGAUCCCGGCAUGGGUGGCAUGGACCCCGGCAUGAUGGGCGGCAUGGCGAUGCCACAGAUACAGCGCGGCUACAUGGACGUUGACCCCCCCGGUGACCUGGCGCCGCAGCAAACCCUUUACGAGUUCCUCAUGGAGAAGCGCCUGCUGCGCAAGACGACGCUCAACACCUUCUUCCCUGCCAACUACGACCCCAAGAAGGACGGCCCCUACACCAUUGCGGUGGAUGGCAACUACAUGAUCACGAACCUGCGCGCGCAGCUGCAGCGCACCGACCCGCUGUGGUUUCUGCAUUCCUGCCUGCCGGACUGCCUGUUGUCGCUGGUGCACAAACACGUGGAGGAGAUGCGGGCUCACCACCUGGAGCCGUUUUGGGUGCUCAACGGCAUCGGCAUCAACGGCGACGUCGAGGCCUUUUUGGCGAGCCCGGACGAACUGUGUGCCCGCGACGCCGUGUGGGAGAAGUUGAACGAGGGCAUCGAGACGCUGACGCAGGAGGAGAUCACCGAGGCCUUUGAGACGUCGUCCUCGAUUGGCGAGGACGUGAUGCGCGCCAUCCAGCGCUUCCUGCGCACCGAGGAGAACGUGGUCUGCGUGACCGCGCCCUUCCUGAACUGGUGCCAGAUGGUGACUCUGCACAAGGAGGGCGUCGCGCAGUUGCUGAUGGGGCCGCCGGAGAUGCUCAUGGUGCCUUACGACGACAUGAAGUGCAUUGCUGAGGUGAACCUGCAGACGAGCGAGGUGGCGUACUACGACCGAGACGAGGUGCUGCGGGAGCUGUUUCCGCACUACGUCACCGACACCUCCACCGCCGCGGCGGGGGACCGCUUCAUGGACCUCGGUCUGCUAAUCGCGUCGCACCCGGCCAUCACGACCGCCCACGCGAGCGUGCAGCUGUCCACGCAGAGCAUCUACGAGGAGCUCUCCACCUCGCAUCCGCACUUCGUGUGCCUGCACGACUUCAUCGACCGCUACGAGCUGCAGCCGAACCAGAACGAGCGGCCGAACUUGGAGAAGCUGAAGCACUCCAAGGGCCGCACCUACAUCCAGUACAGCCCCGUCUUCUCCAGCCAGGUCACCUCGGAGUCGUCGCUAAUGUACUUCAUCCGCAUUCUGGACCCCACCCUCAAGAACAAGGACAUGCCGAACAACCUCUCCGGCGUCUUUGGCUACCACGUCCCCCUCUCCCUCUUCUACUUCCAGUUCACCGGUCUGCUGUCCGUCAGCCUCAUGACCGCCAUCACGCAGCUGUACAUCCGCGACGAGUUCCCUGUCGCUGACACGGAGGAGUAUCACAACCUCCUGCACCCGCUGAUGGCCCUGCGUGGGCAGAUCAUCUCCCAGGUCGUCUCGCGCAUCAAGGUGGACCCCAACGGGCAGCGCGUAGGCAAAAUUUCAUGGGUGCGUUGGUUCGACUCUAUUCUGAUGAACGUGCUGCCACCCGAUCGCCUCAUCGUGCUGGACGAGUGGAACUUGUCGGAGGCGACGGAGCUGGCCGAGGUGCCGGACGACCAGCUGGAGAACAUCGACAUGGCCAUGGUGCUCUCUCUCAAGUCAUCGGCUAUGUGCGUGCAGGCGCCGCAGCUGCCGCCGACGAUGCCGCCGCGCGACGCGCCGAUCCUAUACCACGGCCGCAAGGAGACUUUCUUCGCCAUUUUGCUCAAGACGUUUGACUUUGUCGGGUACUUCUCGCACUCGAUGGACGCGAAGGAGUCGGGCGAGGCGAGCGCGGAGCCGUUGGCGGCGAUGGUGCAGGGCCAGAUGAACCCCGACGACCAGGGCAGCAGCAACCAGGGCAUGGGCCAGGACGACAUGGGCGACGACAUGAACGGCGAGGACGGCGCCCUGCCGGAGCAAAAGGUGUUCUUCACCGCCUACCUCAGCAUCUCUCUCGAGCACUGCCCGCAGGAGUUCCAGUGCGCGCUAGUGCGCUUUACUGAGCUGCUGCGCGUGACCGCCAUCAACUCCAACCCCUUCACCUUCGCGGACUCGAUGCAAAAGGAAGAGGACGAGGUGGAGGCGGACCCGCCAGAGGUGCUCCUGACCACCCGCAUCGCCUGCCUCGUGUCCAUCCCCUAUCAGGAGCAGGCCGGCGAGGAGGACACCUUCGAGUGGGCGCCGGUGUACAGCCGCCAGCUGUGCGCCUUCACCGUGAUGUCGCGUGUCAUGAACCGCAGCUUGCGUGUGCUGACGGAGGCGAUCGCUGCGGCGCAGUUCCUGACGGGCUUUAGCGACUGCUCGCUGGAGGACUACGAGAGCAUGUCGACCCUCCUGCCGUUUGGCGACGUGCCAAGUUCCCUGGGUGGUUUGCUGCUGCACUACGUGCUCGUCUUCCCGCCGGACUACGAGGCAAACUGCCAGACCCCGGAGGAGCGCUGUCGCCUGCUCGAGACGAAGUUCAAGGCCAUCCCGAACCUGCAGACACAGCUGCGCCGCGUGAUGGAGUUCACGUUCCACGCCUUGUACCUGCUGAACGUGUACAUCGUGAAAGACCCGAGCAUCGUGCGCUCGCCGGAGCUGGUGGAGACGGACGUGGUGUCCAAUGCGCUCAAUCUACUGCACGAGAAGUGGGAGCAGCACCUCGACGGACCGGCCCCGGAGGACGUGCAUGGCUUCUAUCGAUUCGAGUAG